GAGUCAGCUCUGCCCAGUGAUGAGCAACCCAUGAUAUGAUUGGACCAAUCAGAUGCUGCUCACACAGAGCCUCAUUCCCACGCGCAGCACUGUUCCUGUGAGAGCUGAGAGAUAGGAGGAUCACUGAUUUCUGAAAGUCAGAAGCAGCUUCUUACUAUUGGGGGUGACACUGAGCAGGCAGGACAGCAGCUCACUCCGCCCGGGACCACUGCACACUGACUACACUAUCCUCCCGCAUCAUUCUGCUGCCAGAUAAAGCACUGCAGAGCGCUGGCCAGAGCUUCAGAGUCCACCAUUACUACCUUCUCUGGCAGAGAGUUCCAAAUCCUUACGGCCCUUCCUGUGAAGAACCCUUUCCUAUGUUUGCGAUGGCUUCUGCUGAUCUGAGACGGGAGCUGGACUGUUCCAUCUGCCUGAACAUUUAUACAGAUCCUGUAACCCUGAGAUGUGGGCACAACUUCUGCCGGGUCUGUAUUGAUCAUGUGCUGGAUACACAGGAGGAGUCUGGAGCUUUUACCUGUCCAGAAUGCAGAGCGGAGUAUCCGGAUCGUCCUGCCCCAGAGAUAAACAGAAAGCUCUGCAAUAUUGCAGAACGUGUACGCUCCAUUCCAGAGGAGGGAACUGGGGUGUUCUGCACUUAUUGUGUCCACUCUCAAGUACCCGUUCUUAAAACCUGUCUGAAGUGUGAAGCUUCUCUCUGUGAUAUACAUUGGAGGACACACAACAAGUCAGCAGAACAUGUCUUGGUAGAUCCCACCACUUCCUUGGAGAAAAGAAUAUGCUCCGUCCAUAAAGAGAUCUUGAAGUAUUUCUGCACUGAGGACGCUGUCUGCAUCUGUGUGUCCUGCAGUUUGGCUGGAGAGCACCGGGGACACCUGGUGGAGAUGCUGGGUGAGGCCUCUGAGAAGAAGAAGGAGAAGCUGAGAAAUGUUCUGCAGAAACUGACCACAAAGAGAGAGGAGACUGAGAAAAGUAUCCAGAGUCUGCAGGAGCGCAUGAGAGAAGAUCAUGGAAAAGCAGCUGGUUUAUCGGAGACUAUCACUGCCCUGUAUAGAGACAUCAGGAUACAGCUGGAGGACCUAGAGAAGAGAGUCCUGAAUGAGAUCUCCAGGCAGGAAGAGCGCGUUUCACUCUCAGUCUCUGAUCUGAUCCAGCAGCUGGCGAUGAAGAAGGAUGAGAUGGCCAGGAAGAUGCGUCACAUUGAGGAGCUAUGUAACAUGCCUGAUCCAAUGACUGUUUUACAGGAACCAGACACAGGUGACUUGUCUGAUACAGAGGAGCUGUGUUGCAUGAUCGAUCCAAUGACUACUGUCCAAAAACAGGAUAGUGAAGAGAAGAUGGAGGAGGUGGUGGUGGGGGGCACUGAGGAGAACGAGGAGGAGGGGGGCACUGAGAAUGAGGAGGAGGGGGGCACUGAGGAGAACGAGGAGGAAGGGGAAACUGAGGAGAAGGGCACUGAGGAGGGGGAUAGAGAGGAGGGUAGGAGACAUGAUGAACAUAAAGUAGGAGAUCUGGAUGUGGGUCUUAUCUCAGGGGAAUUGCAAACAUUAUCUGAUAUAAUAAAAGGUAUAAAUGUAUGCUUCUAUGUACAGAAACCGGAAGACAUAUCACUGGAUGUAAACACAGCGGGUGAUUAUAUAGUUAUAUCAGGUGACAUGAAAACUGCAUCCACAUCUUCAAUAGAACAGAAUCAUCCAGAGACACCAGAGAGAUUUCAGGAUCAUUCUCAGGUAUUAAGCACCAGGAGAUUCUACUCAGGGCAACAUUAUUGGGAUGUGGAUGUCAGUAAAUCGGAGAGCUGGAGUGUGGGGAUGUGUUAUCCCAGUAUAGACAGGAGAGGAGAUCAGUCACUCUGUGGAUAUAAUAACAAGUCUUGGUGUUUGGAUAGGGAUGAUGAUGAUGAUGAUGAGUAUUCAGUGAUACAUGACGGUGAAAAGAUCCCGUUAUCUGACAGUAUUCCCUAUGAUAGAGUGAGGAUGUAUCUGGAUUAUGAGGCUGGACAGCUGUCCUUUUAUUCUCUCUGUGACAUGAUCCGACACUUACACACAGUCACUGCCACCUUCACUGAGCCCCUUCAUGCUAUAUUAGGUGUGUGGGAAGAGGGUUCUAUCAAGAUAUUGGUGUAG